AUGGUGCAUCUAUCGUCGGUGCCGUCAGUGCUGUCGUACCAGGGGGGAGUCAACGGGCUGCGGGCCACAGCGACCGUCGACGAUGAGGACGACGAGUAUGAGGACGAGGAAGACGUGGAUGACUUGGAUUAUGAGAAUCUCGUGGAUGGAGAUGCUAUUGGUGAUGGCAAUGGUGGCAUGGGUGGAAGCGGUGUCAAUGCCACUGCACCAGGAUCAGCACCAGAAGCAGAAGCAGGGGCAGCAGCAGCAGUGGCAGAAUCAGAAGUGAAACUGACAACGUCUGAAUCUGGUGACGAUGGCUUCGAUGCCGAUAUUCACUUUGCAAGUGCGGCUGCUGCAGAGGCGGCAAUGGAGAUGGCAGGAGUGGUAACAGGUGCAGGAGCAGCUGCAGGAAAGGAGGGGAUUGCAGGGGUAGCAGCAACGGCUGUAGCAGGAGGAAGAGGGGUGGGAGGAGGAAGCAGAGGAGGAGCAGUGAGGGUGAGCGCACUGCCGUUUGGGCGAACCGGGGUGGAUGCGCUGGUGGAGAGGGUGGGUCAGCGGCUGAGAAGGAUGAAAUCGCGGUCUGUUGGCCGGCGCCUGCUGGCCCGCGUUGCUGCUGCUGCAGUGGCCGCAGCAGCAGAGGAGGCCGCAGAGGAAGCAACAGGAGCAGCAGCUGGUGCUGCUGCUGGUGCUGCUUCUGUCACAGAGUCAUUCCAGAACUCCUCCCUUUACCCUUCAGCUGUUUCUACUACAACUGUCAACGCCAUUCAUAGCACGUCAGCAGCAGUGCUGACGGUGCAGCAGCUGAGUGCACGUGCCGCGCGCAUCAUGCGCUCAACGCCGUGGGGCCGACUCAUGCGCCCCGACGUGCGGUUACCACACGUCCAGGCCUUCACCCGCUUCCUGGAAGCUUCUCACCGCAGCCUGCUGCAGUCGCUCAAGAUCCCUUCCUCAGCCAUUUUCCACAGCUACACAUAUCUGAUGAACAGCUUUGCAGCGCAACUGACUGCUUCUGAAGCAAGGCGACUCAAAUUGCACCCAGCAGUGGCAGAGGUGGAGAGAGACAGGUCAGUGGAAGUGGCCUCGGUGCACUCCCCUGAGUUCCUCAAGCUCGACUCGAGCCUGUGGCCGGCGAAUGGCGGGCAGAGCAACGCUGGAGAGGGAGUGAUCAUCGGAGUGAUCGACUCGGGGAUCUGGCCCGAACACCCCUCCUUUUCUGACCAUGACACAAGCGGAGUGUCUUACUCCAAUGCCCCGGUGCGCUGGAGAGGCGUGUGCAGCACAACAGACGACUUCACUGCGUGCAGCCGCAAGGUGGUUGGAGCGAGGUAUUUUCUCAAGGGUGCGGAGCGGGCGUUUGGCCAGGACAUACUGCACAUGCUGCAGGACGGCACGAGGUAUGCGAGAGCUGCUGCUGGAAACGCAGGUGUGGAGGUGACAGUGGGAGGCCGGACCUUUGGCACAGCCUCAGGCAUGGCACCGAGGGCCAGGCUGGCGGUAUACAAGGCGCUGUGGAUGUAUGGUCAUUGGAAUACGGUGAAGGGACAAGGAGCGACUUCUGACCUCAUAGCCGCUGCAGAGAAGGCGGUGGCUGAUGGAGUGGACGUGAUCUCGUGCUCGUGGGGCGGCCUUGCCCUGUACUUCCAAGACUUGCCGUACCUGCGAGGGCUUAAGGCCGGGGUGGUCACAGCCUUUGCAGCCGGGAAUGCGGGCCGGCCCAACCUCCUAUAUGGAGCCGGGGUGGUCACAGCCUUUGCAGCCGGAAAUAAGGGCCGGCCCAAGCGCAUGAACAUGCUGGGCACGCUUUCUAAUGCCUCCCCCUUCUACCUCACAGUGGGAGCAAGUUGGAGUGUGGGGGAGGUAACAGGAGGAGGGGAGGGAGAGGCGUGGGGGGGGGGGAGUAAGAAGGGGAGCAUGCAGGGCACUCUUUCGAAUGCGUCUCCCUUCUAUCUCACAGUGGGUGCAAGCACCAUGGGGUGGGCGUGGGAGUACACGGGGGUGCUCAACCCGGGAAGUGGCUCGAGCCUCCCUCCUCCCCUUAUCAAACUCCCCAUCCACCCCCACCGCGCACCACUGCUCCCCACUGCAGCACCAUGGGGAGAGAGUACACGGCGCACCAUGGGGCGGGAUUGCACAGUGGUGCUCACCCUGGGCGAUGGAACCACCUUCACAGGGCGCAGCUUUGGCAGCACCGCUGCCACGGUGUCACCUCUGCCCCCUCAAACCCCCCCUCUCCCCUCCCACCCACCGCUGCUCCCACCACAGCACCAUGGGGCGGGAGUACAAAGCUGUGCUCACCCUGGGCGAUGGAACCACUUUUCUCUCCACCUGCCCAUCCAGCCCCACCACCCACCACCGCUCCCCACCGCUCCCCACUGCAGCACCAUGGGGCGGGAUUACACAGCAGUGCUCACCCUGGGCAAUGGAACCACCUUCACAGGGCGCAGCCUCGGCGGCAACUCUGCCACGGCGACACCUCUGCCCCUCAUGCUCGCUGGGGAUUACACCACUGUGGGCCUCCCAGACGAUAAGAACCCGCAACCAGAUAAGCUCAUGGGUGGUGUAGAACAACUAGUUGACGAGCAUGACAUUGAAAAAGUCGCGUCAGCCAAUCAGCUCUCAGCUGAUGAUGUGGCAGCAGGGGAGCUGUCGCUGGACUGUAACCGCUUCCUGAUUGGCCGCAGCAUGAUCAACGACCGAGUGAGCGACCAUGAGGAGGGGAUCACGUGGCUGCGGUCGGCCCCGCGCCUGCUGUGGGUGGCUCGGGAGAGGCGUGCCGAGGCUGAUGCAGCUGAGAGGCAGAGGAGGCAGGAGAAGUAG